AUGGAAUCACUUAAGAGUCUGAUCAAAUCGCGUCUUACGCGCCUACACCAAGCAGGUGACCCCUCUUCUAAGAAUACAACCUCUCUUGACGCCCUCCCUACUGAGAUGGUACUAUCGAUAUGCGAUUAUCUUCCUUCCAUCGACGCCGUUUGCUUCUCACUCUGCAACCAUAGAUUCCUUGAGAUUACUCGGCGAUACAACAACCACGUGUAUGCCUGUGCUCGAGAUAAGAAACACGAGAUCUUGGCCAGAUUUGAACGUGAUAGUCCACAGUACUUCGCCUGCGAUGCCUGUCACAUUCUUCAUCGGUUUGAUUGCCCCAAAGGAGAGAGCUAUGGUAUUUGUGAAAGACCCCAUGACAGACCCUGCCCCCUCCCAUGUUGGCAGUCGUGGAAGUGGCGUGAGGCUGGGUUUGUGCUAUGCAAUCAUAAUCCGUCACGUUGGGGCCAUUUCUCAUACAACUUUCUUCACCUGAGGCUUGCCAUGAGGAGUUUCAACUACGGCCCAAAAUUUGGGAUUAGUACUGAUUCUCUAUCCUUUACACAAGUUAUUCACUACAGCCGGCCUUCCUUCUCGCUUCCAGAUAUCACCACACUUUACUCAACCGACGCUCAAAUAUGUUCUCAGCCACUGGGUCUUCAUGUGAGAACGCAGAACAUAGUCCUUGCCAGCACAUACGAGGAUCUGGUCACUCGUAUGACUAAAUGGUUGUUCGAGGUCGGGUCAAUUGUAACAGUCUGCCAGCGCAAGGUUUUUGAAGAUCUCUUCACCCCGCUACGUGUAGAAGGGUCUUUUGGAGAAAGGUACACCAAUCUCACAUCUACCUGCGAGGAUUGCAACACGGAUUACCGGGCUGAGAUUAUCAAAUUCGACUCUGGAGUGGCCUUCGUCUUGACCAGGUGGAUUAACCUAGGUCCUGGUUUAACCAAAGAGGACCCAUUGUGGAAGAAACACACAUUGAUCUACACACGGGGUCUCGACAAAGAGCAUAUCCGUAUGAGCCCACGCCAAUGCUUUGAAGCAAUCACACCUAUUUGCUUCAAAGAACUGAUGUCCCGCAAUCUCUCACACCUCAAAGACCAGCGGUUUAAAAGCCCACCUUUUAUUCCCUAUGAGGAGGGAUUCGGUUACUACUUACCAGAAGAGCCUCAUCGGGAAAAUAACUUUACUCGGUUGACUCAGAGCCUCACUCGACUAUUUUCCAGGGUCAAGUGA